UGGGAUGCGAUUAGCCAAUCAGCUUCGACAUCCUGCCCAUGAAAAAGCGGCUCUCAGCGCCGAGACAGAAAGAAGGGAAAAGGCGACGAGCCGGCGGGCCGCACGCGGACGACAGACAGACAGACAGACGCACCGAGAGAGCGAGCGACCGACCGACCGACCGACGGACGACAGGAGUGCCGGCACGAUGGACAGCAGCGCCACUCCGCCGGAGAAAACAGUCCAGCGCUCCAAGUCAUUCAGCCUGAAGGCCCAAGUGCGGGAGGUGUGUGCCACCUGCCAGAAGACCGUCUACCCCAUGGAGAGAGUGGUCGCCGACAAGCACAUCUUCCACCCGGCCUGCUUCUGCUGCAAGCACUGCAAUGCCAAGCUGAGCCUGGGCAGCUAUGCCGCCCUCCAUGGCGAGUUUUACUGCAAGCCGCACUUCCAGCAGCUCUUCAAGAGCAAAGGGAACUACGACGAGGGCUUCGGCAGGCGGCAGCACAAGGAGCUGUGGGUGGCCAAGAGUACGGAGAGUGGCACCAAGACAGCAUGAAGACCGAGUCCUGGCGCCAGUGCCACGGCUCCCACUUCUGCACUGACUGAGCAAAGGGGACUUCUUACCCAAGUGUCCUUGCAGGCCUUGGCCGUGCCAAUCGCCCCGCUUUUACUUCUUUGCCCUCAGGGCACCCGCCUAUCAGAAGACUGGCAGCCAAACAGCCCCUUCAAGCAGAACAAACGAUUCCUGGGGACGUCGCAGGCACCACAAAUGGCACUGGGCCUCUUUUUUUUUUUUUUUGGUGGGCACAUGCAGUUGGUUAGAACUGCCUGGUGCUGCCAGUGUGGUCACUGCAGCAAGUGAGGGGGGCUUUGGUGCCACAGCAACACCUAGAGGGGGGUGUUUGGCACUGCACACUUUUCUAUCUUGACUUCCUAGCUUUUCAGCUGCAGCCUGGCAUUGCUUCACUCACCUUUUGCCAGGGCACCCCCCCCCCCAAAUCUCUUCUUCGUAACACUGUGACAUUAAGAACCGUGACAGUGCCACUCCUCAUGCCAGAGACCAAACUGUUGUGUGCAGGCAACUGUCACACAUGGCACAUUUUUUU